GUUCCAGAUCUCGCCAUCUCACCCACCACUCGCCCCAUCACCUCACAACUUUCCCUCAAUUUCAAUUUCCUAUUCCAUUUCCUUCAAUUUCCUCCAGUUUUUCCCGAUCCCUCCUUUUCUCUCUCUCCCCGUCCCCAAAAAAUUAAAACAAAACCUCAAAACCCACAAUCGGGUCGGGUCGCUGGAUGUCGGGCUCGCGGGCUCCAAACCCGCCGGCGCAACCGCCACAGCCGGUCAUGCAGCAACCCCUGAAGCGGCAACUCCCCUUCUCCUCCAUGAAGCCGCCGUUUUCAGCUGCUGCAGACUACCACGGCUUCCUUCCCGACCCCCGCCAAACCACCGAUCAAGAAACCUACGGCAUAACCGUUAAGACCCCUCAGCUGAAAAGGAAGAGUGAUGCAGUAGAUUGCGAAGCCGAGUCUAGUGAUAGGACAACUGCUCCUGGAUACACUGACGUAGGUAACAGCCCCCUCCAGACUCCUAUGUCAACCAAGGUUGGAAAGGCGAACAAAACAUCAAGGCUUACAAAGUGCAGCAAAUCUGGACCGUGGACUCCGGCUUCCAAUGUGGGUUCUCCUUCUGGCGCUAAUGUUACUCCGGCUGGUCCAUGUCGUUUUGACAGCUCCCUAGGUCUCUUAACAAAGAAGUUUAUCAAUCUGAUCAAACAUGCGGAAGAUGGUAUUCUAGAUCUCAAUAAAGCUGCUGAUACUUUAGAGGUCCAAAAGAGGCGGAUAUAUGAUAUAACAAAUGUUCUCGAAGGAAUUGGUCUCAUAGAAAAGAAGCUCAAAAAUAGAAUUCAGUGGAAGGGACUUGAUGUCUCGAGGACAGGAGACGUGGACGAAAAUUAUCCUAGUUUACAGGCACAACUUGAAAACCUAUCUAUUGAGGAGCGCAGAUUAGAUCAGCAAAUAAGAGAAAUGCAGGAAAGGUUGAGGGACCUGAGUGUCGAUGAAAGCAAUAAGAAAUGGCUUUUUGUCACCGAAGAAGACAUUAAGGGCUUACCUUGCUUGCAGAAUGAAACCUUAAUAGCAAUAAAAGCUCCACAUGGCACCACUCUUGAAGUCCCAGAUCCUGACGAGGCUGUUGACUAUCCCCAAAGGAGAUACAGGAUGGUUUUGAGAAGCACAAUGGGUCCUAUAGAUGUUUACCUUGUCAGUCAAUUUGAGGAGAAGUUUGAGGAGAUUAAUGGUGUCGAAGUACCUGCAAAUAUCCCUGCAACUUCAGGCGCUAAUGAAAACCCAGCUACAACAAUGGUUUCAGAGGAUAGAGGGAAGGAUGUUGAACUGCAGGUACCAGAUGAUCAUACAAUGUCCGCUGAUCCUACAGCUGCCCAGGACUUUACUGGUGGGAUUAUGAAGAUUGUUCCCUCAGAUGUUGAUAGUGAUACGGAUUACUGGCUUUUAUCAGAUGCUGAUAUUAGUAUCACAGACUUGUGGAGAACAGAACCUGGGGUUUUGUGGAAUGAUUUGGGUGCACUUGAUCAUGAUUAUCCGUUGGGUAAUGUCAGCACACCACCUCGGCCCCAAACUCCGCCAUCCAGCUUAAUUGAAGUACCUUCUACUACCAGCAACCCUACGAAGACUUGAACGUAUAAGUGAUUCGUUAAAUGAAUCUAAUUGUAGAUGCAGGCAUGUUUUGGGAACACCUAUGAUGUCCAACCAUCUCCCGUAUUUGUUUGACCGCGGAGGUUGGGUUGAAGGUUCGGGAAGCUGCCCAAGUGUUCCAGGAAGACCCAUCGAAGGCACAAGGAACAACGUAAUGGUGGGUGGAGGUACCUGUUUCAUUGUACAAUAAUGUAAUAUAGAAUAAGAGGUUACAAUGGUUAGUACAUCCUUGUAUAUAUUAGAGUCUAAUCAGCAGGCUUUUGUUGGAGUAACCGGAGUGAAGAAGGCUGGAUAUCGGCGGAUAGAGAAUGUUUGUAUGGUCGUACGACCCCAUAAUCGCCUUGUUAUGUUUUCAAUUAUUCUUAUGCUGAGUUAGAAUUGCUGCAUUUUCGGAUUCCGAAUUACCUUAUGUUGAGUAAUUCAAUUAUUCUUAUGCUGAGUUA